AUGGGAAUUCCGUUUUUCUUUUAUUCACUUGUCUGUUUUUUGUUGGUAAUUAGUGAAAGCUUUUCUUCUUCUGUUGUGAUGAUGCAUCAUCUUUGCUCUCCCACUGAAGCUUUUGCUUUGCUUCACUUCAAACAAUCCUUUCAAAUCUCUGACCAACCAAGCUGUAGUUAUGAUACUGAUAUGCAAGAUGAGAGAUAUGUUGAUAUCCCCAAAACGAAGUCUUGGAAUGAGAGUAGGGAUUGCUGCAGUUGGGAUGGGGUCACUUGUGACUUGUUAACUGGUCAUGUUAUCGGAUUGGACCUUAGUUGCAGUUUGCUUUUGGGUACUAUUCAUCCCAAUAGCAGCCUCUUCCAGCUCCAUCAUCUCCGGACACUAAACCUUGCUUACAAUGACUUCUAUUCUUCUUCAAUCCCACAUAACAUUGGCCGAUUGACGAAUUUGAGGCAUCUCAACCUUUCUUAUUCUUUCUCUGGAGGGGAAAUUCCAACAGAAAUAUCAUACCUUUCCAAUUUGGUUUCACUUGAACUUAAUUGUUAUGGAUGUGAACUUGAUGAGAGAACAUUUGAAACAAUUCUUCAAAACUUCACAAAUCUGGAGGUAGUUUCUCUCCAAGGUGUCAACAUCUCAUCUUCAAUACCUGUGAAUAUUUCUUCAUCCUCCUUAAGGUACGUGGAUCUUGGACAUACUAAUCUGCGAGGUGUUAUCACAGAGAGCUUUUUCCUUCUACCAGGAUUGGAAAGGCUCUAUUUGAGUGACAAUGAUCUUCUCAAAGGAGUUUUACCAAAGAUCCACCCGAGCAACACUCUGUUGGAGUUGGAUAUUUCUUCCACAGGAAUCUCCGGUGAGCUGCCUGACUCAAUUGGCACCUUGAGUUCAUUGAAUUUCUUAAACCUCCAAGGAUGUCAAUUCUCUGGUUCCAUUCCUGAUUCCAUUGGCAAUCUUACACAAAUUAGGUAUUUGGAUUUCAGUAAUAAUCAUUUCACCGGCCAUAUUCCUUCCACAAUCUCUAAACUGAAGCAACUCACACUUCUAGGUCUUUCGUCCAACUCCUUUUCAGGUGAAAUUCCCGAUAUUUAUUCUAACCAACAGAAAUAUCAUACCUUUCCAAUUUGGUUUCACUUGAACUUAAUUGUUAUGGAUGUGAACUUGAUGAGAGAACAUUUGAAACAAUUCUUCAAAACUUCACAAAUCUGGAGGUACGUGGAUCUUGGACAUACUAAUCUGCGAGGUGUUAUCACAGAGAGCUUUUUCCUUCUACCAGGAUUGGAAAGGCUCUAUUUGAGUGACAAUGAUCUUCUCAAAGGAGUUUUACCAAAGAUCCACCCGAGCAACACUCUGUUGGAGUUGCAUAUUUCAUUCACAGGAAUCUCCGGUGAGCUGCCUGACUCAAUUGGCACCUUGAGUUCAUUGAAUUUCUUAAACCUCCAAGGAUGUCAAUUCUCUGGUUCCAUUCCUGAUUCCAUUGGCAAUCUUACACAAAUUAGGUAUUUGGAUUUCAGUAAUAAUCAUUUCACCGGCCAUAUUCCUUCCACAAUAUCUAAAUUGAAGCACCUCAGCUAUCUAAAGCUUUCGUCCAACUCCUUUUCAGGUGAAAUUCCCGAUAUUUAUUCUAACCUCCAAGAGCUAAGUUAUUUAUAUCUUUCUGACAACAACUUCAUCGGUCCGUUUCCUUCUACAAUUGUAAGCUUGACACAUCUUCAAGAGUUAGAAUUGUCAAGUAAUUCCCUAUCUGGCCCACUGCCCAAUAAUUUUAGCAUGCUUCAAAAGCUAACCCGACUGGAUUUGUCGUACAACUCACUGAAUGGCACCAUACCAUCUUGGGUGUUUAGCCUACCUUUGCUACCUUCAUUGUACCUCCAACAUAAUCAAUUUAGUGGACUAGCCAAUGAGCUCCAAACAAACCCAGCAUUAGAAAUCCUGGAUUUAAGCCAUAAUCAACUCAGUGGUUCUUUUCCUCAAUCACUUUCGAAUCUCACAAACCUUUUUAUCCUUGACCUUUCAUCGAAUAACAUCACCGUCGAUGCGGGAAUACAAAUCACUUUUCCUAGCCUAAUAGAUUUGCUGUUAUCAUCUUGUGAACUGGAGGAUUUUCCACACUUCUUGACAAAUGUAAAGAAACUUAAGUUUUUGGGUAUUUCUAACAAUAAGAUUCGUGGCCAAAUCCCAAACUGGUUUAGCGGCAUGAGGUGGGACAACUUGUUGUACCUAAACCUUUCGCAUAAUUCUUUAACAGGCCACCUACAACUAUUUCAUUUCCAUAAUCUAGAGUAUCUUGAUCUUAAAUUUAACUUCCUUCAGGGUCCACUACCUUCAUCCAUUUGUAACAUGAACAAUCUUAAAUUGCUAGAUUUAUCACGCAACAACCUCAGUAACUCGAUUCCAAGUUGCUUGGGAAGCAUGUCUAGUCUAACAGUGUUGGACUUAAGAAGGAACAAUUUCACAGGGAGUCUUCCCCCAUUAUGUGUGCAGAACACUUCAUUGAGAACCAUUGUCUUGAAUGGCAAUCAAUUUGAAGGAACUCUCCCUGUGUCGUUGCUCAACUGUAGUGGUUUAGAAGUUCUUGAUAUGGGGAAUAACGCUAUAAAUGACACAUUUCCUGCUUGGAUAGGAACACUUGAACAACUGCAGGUCUUAAUAUUAAAGUCCAAUGUGUUCCAUGGACCAAUUACUACUUGUCAGACUACACUUUGCUUUCCCAAGUUGCGAAUUUUUGAUCUUUCGCGUAACGAAUUCAGUGGCUCAAUCCCUGCAAAGGUUUUUGGAAACUUCAAGGCAAUGAUUAAAUUAGAUGGUGAAGACACAGGACAGAUCGAGUACAUGGAACCAUCUAUGUUUCACACAUUAUAUGAUGAUUCCGUGAGUUUGGUGAUCAAAGGCCAGGAUAUUGAGCUAGAAAGAAUCAGCAAAAUUAUGACAACCAUAGACCUCUCGAGCAACCAUUUUGAAGGUGUCAUUCCGAAAACACUAAAGGAUCUCAGAUCACUUUGGCUACUCAAUUUAUCCCAUAACAAUCUCAUAGGUCAUAUUCCAAUGGAAUUGGGGCAAUUGAAUAAGCUUGAAGCGUUAGAUCUCUCUUGGAACCGGCUCACUGGAAAGAUUCCGCAGGAAUUGACAAGGCUAACAUUUCUGGAAAUGUUAAACCUUUCUCAGAAUGUUCUCGUUGGACCAAUUCCUCACGUUCUACAAUUCAACACAUUUGAAAAUGACUCGUAUGGCGGUAACCUUGAUCUAUGUGGUCCUCCUUUAUCAGAGCAAUGUGGAACGAGUGAUCUAUCCCAUGUUCCUCAACCAUUGGAGUCUGAAGACGAGUCAUAUUUUUUUAGUGGAUUUUACGUGGGAAUCAGUAGUCAUUGGCUACAGCUGUGGACUAGUUGUUGGAACUGUUGUAUGGAGCCUCAUGUUUAA